AUGCUCGACCACACUAUCCUUGUCAUACUAUAUCAGAGCACUACAUACCCGCCCCCUAUCUCCAAGCCUACCAAAAUGCCACGAAUCAAAUCCCAUCCCAUAAUAAUAUCCGGCCCCUCCGGCGUCGGCAAAGGCACCCUAAUCCACAAGCUCAUCACCACGCACCCCAACACCUUCUCCCUCACCAAUCUCGCACACAACACGAGCACCGCGCGCCAACGAAAUCCACGAGAAAGACUACUUCUUCGUUGAUUCACCCAUAUUCAAUACCCUCAACUCGCAAGGUGCGUUCGUCGAAAACGCCACAUUCAGCGGGUACCAGUACGGCAAGAGCAGGAGAGCCAUCGCGGAUCAACUGGACAAGGGGCUAAUUCCUGUGCUGGAUACUGAUGUGCAAGGUGCGAGGCACAUGAAAGCAGAGUCAUCGGGGGUGGAGGCACGGUAUGUGUUUAUUAGGCCGCCGAGCUUUGAGGUGCUGGAGAGGUUGAGGGGACGGGGCACGGAGAGAGAGGAGGAUGUGAGGAGGAGGUUGGAGAGGGCAAGAGCGGAGGCUGAAGGGGCUGUUGAGGGUGGACUGUAUGAUACGAUUUGGAGAGGGCGUUUGGGAAGUUGGAAGAGUGGGUGCUUGGAGGCGAGCGGGGUGGUGAGUAGGGAUGGGAUGUGUCGGAUAUGCUGUCGUUCGGUCAUUGGAAUUGGUGUUGGUUGA